GGCAGACCACAAGAAAAAAGCGAUCUCGAAUCAAAUCACACGCCAUCAACCAAAGAUUAUGGACAUGAUGCAGAAGAAGACAACGACGACGACGACAACCCUAAUCCAGAUCCGAAUGCAUCCCCACCACCAUUCAAAGCGCUCUCCUUCCUCGACAAGUUUCUCGUCCUCUGGAUUAUCCUCGCCAUGGCCUUGGGGAUCAUCCUCGCCAACCUCGUCCCAUCCACAGGUCCCGCCUUACAACGAGGAGAGUUUGUGGGAGUUUCGGUUCCCAUCGCCAUAGGGUUAUUGGUGAUGAUGUAUCCGAUUCUGUGCAAAGUGCGUUUCGAGACGUUACAUUUGUUGCUCAAGGAGAAAGAGCUAUGGAGGCAAAUCGCCAUUUCGUUUGUUCUGAAUUGGAUCAUCGCGCCUUUGUACAUGACAGGUUUGGCGUGGGCUUUUUUGCCGGAUCGAAGAGAAUUGAGGGAUGGUUUGAUUUAUGUGGGAGUGGCGAGGUGCAUUGCCAUGGUUCUCAUCUGGACGGAUUUGGCUGGAGGCGAUGGAGAUUAUUGUGCAGUAUUGGUGGCUUUCAACUCGAUCCUGCAGAUUGUGUUGUUCGCGCCUAUGGCAGUGUUCUAUACACAUGUGGUAUCUGGAAGUCCGACUUCGACGACGAAAGCUGGAUCCAAUCUGUACUCGAAGGCUGCGACCAGUGUUGCAGUGUUUCUAGGUAUACCACUUGGAGCCGCUGUCGUGACGAGACUGGUUUUACGGUAUCUUCUCGGAGAGCGGAAUUAUCAGCUCUAUUUCAUUCGAUUCAUCGCACCAUGGUCGCUGAUUGGCCUGCUAUACACGAUCGUGGUGCUAUUCGGAUCGCAGGGACUACAUGUGGUGCAGCAGAUUACGUCCGUUCUUCGAGUCUGCGCGCCUCUAUUGGUCUACUUUUUGACGAUAUUCCCAAUGACAGCAUGGGCAAUGUGGCGAGCGGGCUUCGGAUACAAGGUCAGCUGCACGCAGAGCUUCACAGCGGCCAGUAACAACUUUGAGCUCGCAAUCGCGGUCGUGGUAGCCGUAUAUGGCGCGGGGAGUCAGGAAGCGUUGGCGGCCACGGUCGGACCACUGAUCGAGGUGCCUGUACUCGUGGCCCUGGUAUACGUGAUAAAGUGGUGUCAAAAGCGGUGGAAUUGGUACAAGUAGCGUGGUCUUUGCAAAGCACUGAUAUGAUUUAUAUGAGCGCCUCAAACCUCGCUCUGUCCCUGCGUCAUCCACAUCUGCCAUAACACCGUCGGGCUGAACUCUUGCAGUAUUGACGAGUAAUCCGAAACCGCAGUUGGCAUUGUCAGGAGUGAAGGUGACGGUGUCCUCUUUCGCACUGCACCAGAGCGAGUGAGUUGUUUCACAGACUGCAGCGUGGCUCCAUCAUUGGCGGUGAUCGCUUUUGUUUCGGCCUCCUGCAGUCAAUCUGCACGAUCAAGCUGUUCCUGUAAAGCCCACAUAUUCCACAGCUUCGUCGGGCUUUCGCCUGCUGCAAAAGUUGAAUCUUGCACAUGGCCAUUGUAGUCUAAGUCUGUGAUCAUCGGCUCGAGCUGAGGUUUGAAAUUGUCUUUUCCGAUCGGGUCAGGGAUAAGAGUUGACUCGGCGUGGCCGACCAGUAGCCCUGUAGACUCGGUGGCCACCACGAGCUGUUGCACUAGCGCAUCCACUGCUGCUUUCGUGACAGCCGAAGCAGAUGUGGGAUUACUCGUAGUUGUCACCAGAAAGAAUGGGCCUCGAGGUUCCUUCGAUGGUCUGCCAUUGGCUGCACUCUUCACAGACUGGGCCGUAGUGAGUAGAUGUGGUAUGAGGGUCCUGCUUGCAGCAUGCACAAAAGCAACACUCUCUUGCCACGACGUCUGCAAGUUAUGUUCGCUGAAAUUGAGAAUGUCCGCCACUUCGUUGAUUGCAAAGUCGGGACAGCAGAGAACGCCCUGGACACCUGCUCCCUGCCUGGUGCCCUCUUGUAGCAACGAAGUCAUUUCUGCUGGGCUCCAACUUUCUCGCAGCCUUGUUUCCACGCUCAUUUCUCUUCGCAGCUUGCCGAUCAAAGCAUAUGUAUCCAUCUUGAGCUGCUUCAAUUCUGCCUCAUGCUCUUGCCUGGCUGCCAGCACGAUUCCAGCAAAAGUCUGUCUGCUGAGAAUGGUCUCCAGGUACUGUAGAAGGGAGGGGGGUAGUGAGCUCGCAACUAUGACGAACAAGACGCCCGUCCCUGCUGUCGGGUAGAUGUUCACACUCGAGGCCGUCGAGGCACUUCUACUCUGUGGGGUGUGCACCGAAAUGCUUCGCCCAUUCUGUUCUCCCUUCGGGGCUGCCGGUGCUUGUGGUAUGGACAUGGCCAUGUAGGAAGGCGUGUAGCUGGCUGCCCUGCUUGUAGGCCUGCUGCCAUUGGUUCUCAAGCCCCCCAAUGGGUACUGCGGAUAGCGAGGAUGUUUUUGCUCGGAUUGUUCGGAGGCACUGCUGCUCGUCCUGGUGCUGUCCGAGGACUGGAUGAAGGACUCCAUGUCGA